AUGGGUAAGAACAUUACNGCCGCCUCUAAUGGUCAGGUUAUUGUUGGUGUGGAGAGCCGUUACCGAGUUGUCUAUCGCCUUGUCAAUGGCAUCUAUGUCCUUGGGAUUACCACUGCUGAUCAAGAUAAUUCUGUUAAUGUAUUUGAGUGUAUCCAUAUUGUAAACCAAGCCGUUAACGUCACUGUUACGGCCUGUCGUGGUGUUGAUGUCACGCCAGAGAAGCUUAGCCGGAAAUACGCCGAGAUUUACAUGGCGUUGGAUAUUGUUCUAAGAGGUGUCAGCAAUAUUCGGCUUGCGGCAAUGCUCGCUUCGAUGCACGGCGAUGGUAUUGCGAAAAUGGUUCAUUCGGCUCUGGAUACAGAGAGUAAGAUUCGCGGGGCUGAUCGUUGGAAUACCAUGGAGAUUCACUCAAUUGAACAUGAAGCCAAUGUGCAGGCCUUUUCAAAUGCGCGAUUUGAGUUACCCACGGAGACUCUCGAAGCUGGGGAUGAAAUAGCUUCAUCCCUUGCUCCUGCCACUCAAACUGUGAAUGAGCAACAGGAUCAGCUGCAACAGAAGACUGAGGAACCCGCCAUUGAGCAGGAUCCAUUUGCAGCAAGUGACAUGAUUAACAAGCCUGAAGAGCUCAUAAGUGGGUUCAAGAGAAACAAGGACCCUUCUGCCACGGAUUUGACUAUGGUAUUGGCGGGUCUUGAGGUGCCAACAUUGCCACCUGCAGAAGCUACCCAUUCAACACGUAUUGGUGUGGAGGGAUUCGAAGGAAACUAUGGUGGUAUAGAAUUCAGUACUGAUCAAGCUACAAUGGAAGAAACUUUUGAGGGCUUCAGCGAUGCUUGGGGUGGAGGAUUGGAUCCAUCUGAGUUCGUGGGUCCCGAAAAGGUUAAAAAAUCAGAAGGCCUCGGUGGAUUGGAACUCUUGCAGACCGGACAAAGUGAUGGAACCAAAGCGGCUGUUGGGGAUGCUAGUGGUGCAGGAACUCCACUUGAUAGCUUGGUUACCAAGACUGAAAGGAAGGGUCCCGAAAUGUAUAUCAUAGAACAGAUUAGUGCAGAGUUCAGAGAAUCGCUGCUGGCAAGAGUAGGAAUGAUGGGAGUUGUAUAUUUGAAAACUUUGCCACCCAAAACAUCGGAUGACAAAGAGACAGAGUUUUCAUUUCGUGUGGAGGACACAGCUCCAGUUAAGAGAUUUGUGGUGCAGAGUUCUCGUGUUAGCAGCCUUGGAAAUGGAAUGUUUCACUUGAGAACAGCGCCUUCAAAUGAACCCAUACCAAUUAUCAAGUACAGUCUACUACCUAGAUUAACCCCAUUGCCUUUGAGAGUUCGUCUCAUACAACGUCAUAGCGGGACUCUACUUUCCGUGAUGGUUCAAUACGUUGUGGACCCUGACUUGCCACUACCUUUGAAAGAUGUGACUUUUACUCUAAAACUACCGGUUGAUCCUUCAUUGUUAAAGGUGUCUCCAAAAGCUGUAUUGAAUAGGUCCGAAAAGGAAUUGAAAUGGCAUGUCACGGAGAUUCCUUUGAAAGGUGCUCCUGGAAAGUUGAGAGCAAGGAUGCCUGUGGAUAGGAACGAGGAAGAUGAUGGAGAAGAACUUGAAGUGGUUGGUUAUGUGAAAUUUUCGGUUCAGAGUUAUAGAACACUUUCUGGGAUUUCCUUACGGCCGGCUACAGAGGGUAAGACGGAUUUCUACGAGACAGAUCACAAGUUUGAGUCUGGUGUCUAUACAUGCAACUGAUGAAGCCUUGAAGGUAUGCUUUUCUUUCCUCGUUUUCUAAGUGAGGUAUGCAUUUCUUUUAGAUUUGUUUGGUAGAUUGGAUGUCGUAGAAAUCUUGUUCCUGGCCUCGGUACUUGCCUAGAUUUGCCCCAUCUUAGACAUCCAACUAUUUAGUCUCAUGAUUAUGAUAUGAACCCAAGGAAAGAUAACAAUCAAGUGCAUCAAGUGGAUCAAGUGGAAGAAGGAAAAAAAUGUCUAAACUCUCCAUUUAUCGAGGUUAAGCUGCUGUCUGUACUUUGCAUGUCUAUAAACUUCUUCAUUGCAUUGGCUGGUAGAUGGUUUUGCCAUUUUUUUUUAAAAGGCAGUAGCCAAAGCUUAAUGUAGUUAAGUGGGAGUUCUAUAUUCUUUCCCCGGUUGAGUUGAGUUGAGUUGAGUUAUCAGUAUAAUUUGUAUGGUCGAAAUUAAAAGAGCUUUCGAGAUUUACGAAUUUAGUUUAAUGUGCUUAGAUAGCCAUCAAGAUAUGACUUUCGAUUUGGAUCUAUUAGACACAAGAUUAAAGGUCUUAGAGAACUAAUGGGCAUGAGUUGAUUAGAUUUGAUGGGUAAGGUGAACUUUUUAUUAUUGUUAUUUCCUAAUCCAAAAAAGUCUCACUUAUGUUUCUAGAAACUUGAAAUUAUAUGUUGGAAAUGAUUCUCCUUGAAACCAUAAUUGUAUUGGCAUCAUAAUAGGAAAGAAAUGAUUUGCUCAAGAGUGAGGACCUAAAAUUCUUUUCUACGCUACAAUACAUUUUAAUGUCAGAAUUGACAUUAUGUAUAUAGGGAAUUAUUGGACGCAAGAAGAGGCUUGGAUGGAGGGGACCUAUCAUGUUGUCUAGUUGACAUCAACAUCGGCGUGGAUGAAAUAUGUUGGCAUAUAUAAUCAUGAAUCUUCCCCAACAUACAAGUUUCCUGAGGCCACUUUUUGGACAUUCAAUUAAAAUAUGAACAGCUUUGAACACUAUUAUAAUGGGCUGGAGGAGCCUUACUAUCUCUGCU